AGGGAGAAGAACUUUUUAUAUUGAAUUUAAAGCUUCUUCUUUAUGUUUAUGCAAGUAUUUUAAUAGUCAUUUUUAUAAAAUCCAAAUGUCAGGUUUACAUGCUUUUGGACUUUGUCCAAGUAAACUCUAACUAUGUAGGGGAUUCCUUAUAGCUAAACAAAGCCUCUUGGACCUUUGCUCUACAAACUAGGACCAAUAAUCAAAUAUAAGAGUUAUCUUUUAAGUAGAAUAUUAAAGACAGAUUUAAGGACAAAAGGUAAGAGCUUGAGCCCUUGGUGAAAGAGUGGGACAAAUCAAAAGGAUAAAACGUGAAUUAAAGCAGAGCUACAAAACUGUAAUGACAGACUCGACGAAAAAACGUGUACUAGCCAUUGGAAUCCCACAAUUCGCUACAGCUUCCAUUGAAAAAUUAAGGGAAAAAUAUAUCUUUGACUUCAUCAUUCCUGAUCCAACUAGUCGAAUGGAAACCAUUCGUAAAAUCCAUAAGGCUGCAGAAAAAAAUAAGUACGAUGCUUGUUUUUGGCUAUUUCGCAACGCUCCUAUAUCUCCAUUUACCAAGGAGAUGCUUGGUCCUCUAGUCCCUGGCUGUCGCCUGUUCAUUACAGGGGCCUCUGGAUAUGACGAUUUAGAUGUAGAAUGGAUGACGGCAAAUGGUGCCUAUGUCUCUAAUGUACCCAAUGCUUCUACGGAAGGUACAGCCGUUAUGAAUCUUUUGCUAUUUUUAUCUGUUUUACGUGGAUCCCGCGAAGCAGAGCAAACUAUGCGUUCUGGAAAAUGGCACGGAAACCUGCCUUUAAUGGAAGAUCCUUGUGGUAAAACGGUAGGUAUAAUAGGAAUGGGUGCCAUCGGGAAAUCGUUUGCACAAAAAAUUAUUCCUCUUGGUUGUAAGGUAAUAUAUAACAACAGAAAUCGCCUCUCUACAGAAGAAGAGACUACUUUGGAUAUUAAGUAUGCAACUCUUGAUGAAUUACUCUCUACGAGCGAUGUGAUUAGUAUUAAUUGUCCUCUCACUCCAUCUACGAAAAACUUGCUCUCGAAGAAAGAGUUUCAAAAAAUGAAAGAUGACGUUUACAUUCUUAACACUGCUCGAGGAAGUAUUAUUGAUGAAGAAGCCUUCAUCGAAGCGAUCCAAUCUGGAAAAGUAUGUCGAGCGGGCUUGGACGUGUUUGUUAAUGAGCCGAAUCCCAAUCCAUUUUGGCUUACAUCCGACAAAGUUACUGUUCAGCCUCAUUGGGGAGGAUUCACUACCUCCACUGUUGCCAUGGUCGAAGAAGCCAUUUUGAGAAACAUUGAUACAUUCUUUGAAACGGGAUGCCCCCUGAGCUAUGUUAAUAACCCGUUGAUCCGAGGAUGAAAAUGCUUGCUUUCUUUGCAAUGAUUUUGCAAAUAUGCAAAUCAUGAAUAACUUACUAUGAGCAUAUAUAUUUUCUACGAUCGUUACGCAUAUGCAUAUGACUAUUUCUUUGCUAAUACUAAUGAGUUUACUUUUCAAAACUAGUGUGAACUAUGGAAAACUGUUUGCGGACUUUCACAGUGAAUUACUUUUUCCAUAAGAGAAUCUAGGAUUUAUGAGGGAACUUUUGUUCUUGCAAAUAUUCUUAAUUUUUAAGCUAUAAUAGAUUUGGAUUCAAAGAUACUAUUCUCUUUUCAUUAUUUACUCAAUUUGGAUCUUUCACAUAUACAAUUAAAUCUCAUAACACUAAAGACAUUAUAAGAGUCCUUUCAGCAAGGCGUUGUUACAAAG